GAGCCAGGAAGAAAAGGCAGGGUGGCAGCGAUCUCAACUGUGAGACCAGGAUCUUGCAAUGAGCUGUGCGCAAAUGUGCUGCUCCUUGUAGAGCGGGGCGGGGCAGCGAGGGACGCAUCGCCCCAGAGCCCAUGGCAUCGUGCCAAACUGCUUGACCCACGCUCUUGCUCCCCGCGCGGUCCAGUGGGCUCAGUCGGUGGCCGACGCCGAAGGGCCUAGCUCAGCCUGGGGUCUGCGGGCAGCCGGCCUGGCACGGCUCCUCCUCGCCGCGGGCGGGGCUGCCCUCGGUGCCGCCCCGCGGCCUCUGAGCUGGGAAGCCCUGAGAGCUGGUGGCUGGCCAGCGGAGGCGGCGGGUGGAGCCCGAGCAGCGCGGCGGCGGCCAAUCGCGCCGCGCCGGGGGAGGAGCCCCAAAGGGGGAAAAAAGAAAGUGCGGCGGAAAGUAAGAGGCUCAUUGCGGGAAGACUGGCCAGAUCGGGGUACCCCGGGCUCUGCUUUGGUCAGGCGCACGGAAAGAGGCGGUGCUGGGUGAUCCUGCACGCACACCCGCCGCCUUCGCCGCGCUUGCUCUGCUUCUCAAGUAAGGAUGGGACUUCUGUGGUGUGUGCUGGGUCUCUGCUUCUAUGGGAUCCUGCAAAGUCAUGCCUCAGAACGCUGCGAUGACUGGGGACUAGAUACCAUGAGGCAUAUCCAAGUGUUUGAAGACGAGCCAGCUCGUAUCAAGUGCCCACUCUUUGAACACUUCUUGAAAUAUAACUACAGCACAGCCCAUUCAGCAGGUCUUACUCUGAUCUGGUAUUGGACUAGGCAGGACCGAGACCUUGAGGAGCCGAUUAACUUCCGCCUCCCUGAGAACCGCAUUAGUAAGGAGAAAGAUGUGCUCUGGUUCCGGCCCACACUCCUCAAUGACACGGGCAACUAUACCUGCAUGUUAAGGAAUACCACAUAUUGCAGUAAAGUUGCAUUUCCUCUGGAAGUGGUUCAAAAAGAUAACUGCUUCAAUUCUCCCAUGAAAGUUCCAGUGCAUAGACUGUAUUUAGAAUAUGGUGUUCAGAAGAUCACUUGUCCAAAUGUAGAUGGAUUUUUUCCUCCCAGUGUCAAACCAACCAUCACUUGGUAUAUGGGCUGUCAUAAAGUACAAAACUUUAAUAAUGUAAUACCUGAAGGCAUGAACUUGAGUUUUCUCAUAGCCUUGGUUUCAAAUAAUGGAGAUUACACAUGUGUUGUUACAUAUCCAGAAAAUGGACGUACUUUCCAUCUCACCAGGACUCAGACUGUAAAGGUGGUAGGAUCUCCAAAAGAUGCAUCACCUCCCCAAAUCUAUUCACCUAAUGAUCUUGUGGUCUACGAGAAAGAACCGGGAGAGGAGCUACUCAUCCCCUGUAAAGUCCAUUUUACCUUCCUGAAGGACUCUCACAAUGAGGUUUGGUGGACCAUCGAUGGAAAAAAGCCAGAAGACACCACUAUUGACGUAUCCAUUAAUGAAAGUGUAAGUCUGAGUAAAAUAGAAGAUGAGACAAGGACUCAGCUUUUGAGCAUCAAGAAAGUAACUGCUGAGGAUCUCAAGCGCAACUAUGUCUGUCAUGCCAGAAAUGCCAAAGGGGAGGUUGACAGACCGGCCAAGGUGAAACAGAAAGCUCCCAGAUACACAGUGGAACUGGCAUGUGGUUUUGGAGCCACAGUCCUGCUGGUGGUGAUUCUCAUUGUUGUUUACCAUGUUUACUGGCUGGAGAUGGUCCUCUUUUAUCGGGCUCAUUUUGGAACAGAUGAAACCAUUUUAGAUGGGAAGGAAUAUGAUAUUUAUGUAUCCUAUGCAAGGAAUGCUGAAGAAGAAGAAUUUGUAUUACUCACCCUCCGUGGAGUCUUGGAGAAUGAAUUCGGAUACAAGCUGUGCAUCUUUGACCGAGACAGUCUGCCUGGGGGAAUUGUCACAGAUGAGACCUUGGGCUUCAUUCAGAAAAGCAGACGCCUCCUGGUUGUUCUAAGUCCCAACUACGUGCUCCAGGGAACCCAAGCCCUCCUGGAGCUCAAGGCUGGCCUAGAAAACAUGGCCUCUCGGGGCAACAUCAACGUCAUUUUAGUGCAGUACAAAGCUGUGAAGGAGACGAAGGUGAAAGAGCUGAAGAGGGCUAAGACGGUGCUCACGGUCAUUAAGUGGAAAGGGGAGAAAUCCAAGUAUCCGCAGGGCAGGUUCUGGAAGCAGCUGCAGGUGGCCAUGCCAGUGAAGAAAAGUUCCAGGUGGUCUAGAAGUGGCGAGCAGGGUCUCUCCUAUUCGUCUUUGAAAAAUGUAUGAAAGGGCCAUGAAAGGGGUAAAACAAUCCAAGGGUGCUCCAGGAAGGAAGAGUUUCCCCCCCCUUUUUAUUCCCAAUUUAUUGUUUCAUGGACAAAAAGUUUUUUAUGGAAACCUCUCCAUAGAGAUAAAUUCAGGGUGAUGGUAUGGCAGGCUAUUGUGUUUCAUCAGGCAGUACUGCAGUUUAGAAUGAUAGUGCCACCAUCUGUCACCAGCAUCUGAUGUCACCAUAUUCUUGCAGACAAAGACCUGGUAGAUGAGAAUUUCCCCUUCUGUACCCUCUAUUCCUGUUCCUACUUGUCUCUAUUCUCUCUCUCUCUUUUUUUUUUUUUUUUUUUAAUAAUCUUAACGUUAUGGGGCAGGCUUUGUUUGCUGUGGAUUUAAAGAUCCCUUAAAGAAAGGGUCAUUAUGAGUUUCCAAAUAUAGAUUUAUUUCUUUUUUGUUUUAACUUAUCCAUUAAGAAUAUAAUCAGGGGCUAAAUUUAUUUUAGCUUAGGAUAAUGAGCUCUCUUGCUCAUUGUAUAAGACACUCAACUGUAUAAGACUAUAUAAGACCUCAACUGUAUAAGACACCAUCACAGCAAGACUGAUACCCAUUUGGGACAAUAUAAAGCAGUGUAGCUGAAAAUGUUCCUUAUAAUUGGUUUAAAGGGCUUGCCUGCAUUGUCUGGUACUAUUUCCCUAUGCCCUCUAUCUCAGGUAACUGAUAUUAUAUUUGUCAACUUGAGAAAUAUAUCAUACUUUUUUAUAACAGUAAACUUCUGAUUAACUGUAGGUUGACCCAUAUUUAUCACCCCAUCUUCCUAUCAACUGCAUCAUGUGUUAGUCAUUCGGAGUUUACAGGUAGCUCCACACUUGGUUCAGUCUGAUAGGAAGCGUCUCUUAAUGGUGCUAAUAGCAAGUAAAAAAACAGAAAAAUGCUUUAAAAGCAUUUUCUGGCUGAUGGGAAAAGCAUAGAACAAGGUGUUUGUCAAUUUGUUUAUUAAUCUCAGCCUUGCUGAUGUGACUAUUAGGAAAGUAAUUUCUCCUCACUUGUUUCUGUCUCCGCAUGGUAAAGUGUGAAUGUUAGACUCAGUGACCUUGACAGUGCUUUUAGCAUUAAUAUCCUAAGAGCAUUAAUGGGACCCCAAGUAUUUUUCACGUUUUAUUCACUGGUAAAUUAAUAUGUUCACUCUAAACAAGUCUGUCUGAAAAGUCACUGUCAAUAAAACUUGUUUUAGUUUAAGUAAAAUUUUACUGUUCUUAAGACUUGGAAAAGUGAAAACUAAAUCCAGAGUUUACAUAGUGGUGAAUAUCUAUGUUACAUAUAGAUUUUAAAUAUAUAUAUGUACAUACACAUGAGAUUAUAUAUAUGUAUAUAUAUUGCAUAUAUAGGCACAUUAAUUACAUACGUAUGCAUAUAUACAUACAUGAGUUUUGUAUGUAUAUAAACAGACAUAUAUAAACACACAUACAUAUGAUUUUAAAUAGCUAUUGGCACAAUAUUACAAAUCACUGGAACUCUAGUUUUAAAUUAUGUUCUUUAUUGUAAUGUUUUUGUGUCAGUGUUUUCUGUACAUUAAUAAUAUUUGUGAAUUUACAACUCACAGAGUGGUAGUUGUUGUUAGUUUUUGCCCUCCCUAAAUUAGUAUAAUUAAUUUAUUAACUGCCUCAGUAUAUCUGGGAGCAGUGAAAUCUGCUGUGCACAGAGCUUUCGUGGUCACUGCUAAGCAGUCCUCUGGCAUUAAUUGAUCAUCUACUAUGUUCUGAGCAUGCACACUUAGAAACUAAGUUCUGUUAAUCUUAGUACUCAACAACUACUGGAAAGAUGAAUCUCUGUUUGGCCUGUUAAGUAAUAAAGGAAAAGAAAAUAAAAACACCUAUAAAUGAACGUGGCUAUCCUAUGAAACACAAUAAUUCAUACUUUGAGGAAACCCUUAUCUUAGUAUGAAUAUUGAUAGGCAAUUCGGAAGCUCUCUCCUAUAUUUGUGUCCUUAUGAAGUAUUAAAAUCUGUUUAAUUAAUUAUUUUUCUAUGGAAGAGUUAUUAUUUUAAGCUAAAAAAACAUGAAUUAUUGACUAUAAAAGUACAGUAUGAAGUCACACUUGGAUCAGAAUUAUUAAUGAUUUAUUACAAACCACAAUCAUUCCUCCUAUUAACCCUUAACUCACAAGACCAGAAGAGAGCUGACUCCAGAUAAACUUUGAAUAUCAAUUCAACAUGAGCUUUAGGUAAACGAGGGACAGUCCCAUCACCAAGGGGCCCUUCUCUUUCCAAUACUGCGUUCUGUUGCACUUUUGGAUUUAAUAUUUGUCCCCAAUGCCAUUUGGUACCUCUAGAAAUUUCUUGAUACUUUCUGUCCUGUUUAUAUUCCUGUAUUUGGUACCAAACUUUUCCAAAUGCUAAAAUCUAAGCAAUUCAAAUCUAAAGGGUAUGUCUUAUCAUAAGAUGAUUCUGAGGGAGAUAGAGAAACAAUUUGGGGUUCAAGAAGAAAUUUCUCCUUAAUGUUAUAAAGUAUCUAAAAAAUCCUGUAAUUGUUUUAUAGAUAUGAUAUAAAGACCUCCUGCACCCAAGUUAACAAAAAAAAAUGAUAGAGUGUUUAAUUACACAAUCAUAAAAAAGUUUUAAUUCUUGUCUGCUUUGUAAUUUAGAUGACUCCCUAGGAUUCUAAUAAACAAGCACUUGAUUGUAUUGAGAAGCAAAAGCAUCACUCCACUUGUCUAUUUUGUUUCCAUAUGUUUUAAUAUUUUAAAACUAUGUCUUUUAUUUUAUUCGUAAACUUUUGUAUUUUCCAUUUUCCAUUUAUUUGUAAAUUUGUUUAUUUUAAAAAUAAACCAUUUAUUUUCAGCUCGAAU